AAACCAUGCCCGAGGGCAAGGCGCCACAUUUCCCUCAGCAACCCGUGGCUCGUCAAAACGACGACGGCUCUCUUGAGCUUGAAUGCUUCCUCGACGCAUCUCCUCAACCGGAUAUCAAGUGGUUCUACGACAAUAAAGAGGUCAAGCAGGACUCUCGCUUCCAGUUUAAGCUCGACUCCAAGGGGAAUGACUCUUAUUCAGCUAUACUCCAAAUCAAGGAUCUCGCCGACAGUGAUGCAGGUGGUUAUCGCUGCGCAAUUGUCAACCCUCAUGGAAAAGGGAAUGCCAAUUUCAAUUUGAAGCUUACCGGAUUCUCUUCGCCAACGUUUGUGGAGAAACCUCAGAUAUCGUCAAGGGACGACGGCCAAGUUAUGGUAAUGGAGUUCCGGGCCAAGUCUAUCCUCAAACCUACAUUUGUGUGGCAUAAGGGCGAUGAAAUAGUGGCUCAGUCAGAUCGCGUAAACAUUGUUCUCAGGGAGGAAGCCAAUCAAAUCUACUAUGCUGCUUUAGAGAUUAAGGAGCCAACAAAGGAAAAAGAUGCUGGGCAAUUCGUUUGCACCGCAAAAAAUGAUUCUGGAAAACUUACCGCAACCUUCACUGUCAAAUUCGAAGUUCCUCAAGGAGCGCCUACAUUCACAAGAAAACCUCAAAUCCUGCAAGUUACGUCUGAAUCAGGAGAUCCAGCAAUUGUGUUUGACAUCGGUUAUCAAGCGGACCGCAACCCUGAGGUAAUAUGGAUUAAUCCAAAAGGAAAGAAAAUGAAGGAGUCCACUCGCAUCCGUUUCUUCACGACGCCUGAUGGACCCAACAAUACAUUUACAGCAAAAUUGGAGCUCAAGAACUACAAAGCGAAGGAUUCUGGAACGUACACCUGCAAUAUUAAGAACGAGGCUGGUGAAGCAAAUGUUGAACUAACUCUGAACAUCGAAGGGUCAGUGCCGCAGAAUUUCCGUGAUUGA